AUCGUGGUUGUCAGGCACAGGUCGACAGGUCACGAUACCCCCCAGAAUGCAAGGGGGCUAAUAGUUCAACUAAUGACUUGCCACCAUUAUAUACUAAGAAGAUAUUUUAACUAUUUUUGGGGUGUUUUUUUGUGUGUAUGGUAGUCUCAUUUUCAUAAAAUGUGCUCAGCAGUCCAUGCUAUGUAAGUGCAAAUACCAGUGCUUUAUGGAUUAAUAAUGGUUUCAAGUUUUGCCACAAGGACAGUUAUUUUGGGGGAGGGGAUGAGUCGAUUACAACGAUCCCAGUGUUUCACUGGUACUUAAUUUAUCGACCCAGAAAUGAUGAAAGGCAAAGUCGACCUCGGUGGAAUUUAAACCCAGACGAAAUACCGUUAAGCAUUUUGUCUGGUGUGUUUACGAUUCUGCCAGCUGACGCCUUUUUUUAUUAAUCUUAAUAAUCCUUUCUACUAUAGGUUCAAGGCCUGAAAUUUGGGGUAAGAGGACAGUCGAUUACAUCGAUCCCAGUACUCAACUGGUACUUAAUUUAUCGACCCAGAAAGGAUGAAAGGCAAAGUCGACCUCGGCGGAAUUUGAACUCAGAACGGAACGACAGACGAAAUACCACUAAGCAUUUCGCUCAGCGUUCUAACGAUUUAUUAGUCUUAAUCCCAGACUCUCUCUUUAACCCGUUAAGUAUUAUCUAUACUGAAUUACACGUGGAGUCUUCGAAUGUCAACGAAUAUUCUUAGUUGUGUUGUUUCUUCUAUAAGACACACAACAAAACGCACUAUGAGUAAAAACGUUACGAUUCCAUCCGAUAACAAGCAAGGUGAUUGCCCUGGAGUGCUGGCUGGAGAUCUAGCGAAGACAAAACGGGGCCUUAUUGUUCUUCAAGAAUGGUGGGGAAUGAACCAACAAAUUCAAGACGAAGCUGCUGACUUAGCUACGAGAGGGCCAUUUGUUACCCUGGUUCCUGAUCUGUAUCGUGGCAAACUGGCAACUGACAAUGAAGAGGCUGGUCAUCUGAUGAGCAACCUUGACUGGAAUGGUGCCGUUGAAGAUAUUCAGGGAUCUGCCAAGUACUUACUUAAAUUAGGAUGUAAGAAGGUUGGUGUCACUGGCUUUUGCAUGGGUGGAGCCCUGGCCUUUGCUUCUGCUGUCCGUGUACCAGAAAUUAGUGCUUCUGCACCCUUUUAUGGAAUUCCUGGUGAAGCUGUUGCAGAUGUAACAAAGAUAUCAAUUCCUCUGCAGUGCCAUUUUGGUAAAACCGACAACGUAGCUGGUUUCUCUUCUCCAGUUGAGCAGGAGGCUCUCCGCAAGAAACUAGAUAAUGCUAAAGUUAAACAUGAAUUCCAUGCUUAUGAUGCUGGGCAUGCAUUUACCAAUACUACAUCGCCAGGAUUUCACAAGGAAUCGUGUGACCUUGCCCUUGGCCGUUUAAUUAAAUUUAUGAAUGAAAAUUUAUAAGCAUGAAAUGUGCAUUAUAUACAAUCACACAUGCACAAGUAUUUUAUACAAAAGUCUGAAAUAAAAUUUGGUCAUCAAAAGUUGAUAAUA